AUGAAGAAGAAUUUGAAUCUGGAACUUCGUCUUUUCACUACUUCCAAUCUUCCUAUCUCAAUGAAAGAAGAAGCACAAGAUCAACAGCAACAUCGACCGUUUACCAUUGUCUAUGAUGGCAAAGUUUGUGUUUCUGAUGCUACUGAGAAUCAGGCCAGGUCUAUUCUAAUGCUUGCAAAUAAAGAAAUGGAGGAAAGAGUGAGGACACCAAGUGGAUCAUCAUCAGAGCCAUCUUCACCAGCAGUAUUUACUAACUUGUAUAGUCCUGGAACUUCUCAUUCCAUGAAAAAAUCAUUGCAGAGGUUUCUCGAAAAAAGGAAGAAUCGGAUCCAAGAAGCAUCACCUUACCAUUUUAAUGAGCAGAAUUGA